GUUCUCGCUAUCCUGCGCCGCUCCCCUUAUCCUUCACCCCCUCCCCCUCCCCCCUGCUUCUCUCUCUCCUCUGUCUUAUUGCAAGAGUUUUUGUACACUAGAGAGACAGAGAGAGAGAUUGGGUUUUGUUUGAUGUAAAUUGAUCUUUUGAUGAGUUAGAGCAGCGAUCUUAGACAGAGAGAGAGAGAGACGAGGGAGAGAAGUUUUGGGUGUUCUUUGUGUUUGGAAAUGUGAUCUACUGUGAAGUGUGAAGGUCUGAAGAGAUCUGUGCUGGGUUUAAGAGUUUAGUGUUUUGAUUAUUCAAUUUUUUCUUGUUUUCAUGGCGGGUAGUAAUGAAGUCAACCUCAAUGAAUCGAAGGUACUACCUAUGACUAGAGAAUUUUACUAUUUCUAGCUUUGAAUUAUGGCAUCUCAGUUUUUCACUUCUAUUUUACGUAUAUAGAUGGUGGUUCCACUCAACACAUGGGUCCUCAUCUCCAAUUUCAAGCUGGCCUACACUCUUCUUCGUCGCCCAGAUGGCACUUUCAAUCGCCAUUUGGCAGAGUUCCUUGACCGGAAAGUACCCGCCAAUGCCAAUCCCGUUGAAGGGGUGUUUUCUUUCGAUGUCAUUAUUGACCGUGAAACUAGCCUCCUCAGUCGAGUCUAUCGGCUAGCUGAUGGUGAAGGUCUGCCUAGUAUCCUUGACCUUGAAAAGCCUGUGACGUCUGAUAUUGUCCCGGUCAUAAUUUUCUUCCAUGGUGGAAGCUUUGCACACUCCUCUUCGAAUAGUGCUAUUUAUGACAUUCUUUGUCGCCGCCUAGUGGGUAUUUGUAAGGCUGUUGUGGUAUCAGUGAAUUAUUGUCGAGCGCCUGAAAACCGUUUCCCUUGUCCCUAUGAUGAUGGUUGGGCUGCUCUUCGGUGGGUUAAUUCAAGGCCAUGGCUUCGAAGUAAAAAAGAUUCAAAAGUUCGAAUAUACUUGGCUGGAGAUAGCUCUGGUGGUAAUAUAGUUCACAAUGUUGCUUUAAGAGCUGUAGAUUCGGAGAUUGAAGUGUUGGGAAACAUACUUCUCAACCCAAUGUUUGGUGGGCAAGAGAGAUCUGAAUCAGAGAAGCGAUUAGAUGGGAAAUAUUUUGUCACAAUGCAAGACCGGGAUUGGUAUUGGAGAGCAUUUCUUCCUGAAGGAGAAGACCGGGACCAUCCAGCGUGCAAUCCAUUUGGUCCUAAGGGGAUAAGCCUUGAAGGAAUCAAAUUCCCCAAGAGUCUUGUUGUGGUUGCCGGUUUGGAUCUUGUUCAAGACUGGCAAUUGGCUUAUGUUGAAGGGCUAAAGAGGUAUAACCAAGAGGUGAAGCUUCUCUACUUGGAGCGAGCAACGAUUGGAUUCUAUUUGUUACCCAACAAUGAUCACUUCUACACCGUCAUGGAUGAGAUAAGUGAUUUUGUUAAUUCUUAAUUGUUCAUAGACCAAACCCGAUUUACUGACAGGGCAGCAAUACUUGAAAAGCUUGACAUUUCGCCACGGGGGUUUAUAUCUUCUUUGGAAGGGCUUGUUUGCAGUUUGUAAGAUUGUUUAGUACUACUGUCUACUAGUACCGCUUACUCUUUAGUUGGUUGUGUUGUUAUUGCUUUUGUGCUUCUUGGGUCUGGUUCAUCUUCGGCGAAAGAUGGCUUGGCUUGGUUGUUGGUCAAGAAGGCAAGUGGUUCAGCAUCUAGUUGGACUGAAAAAGUUAGUUAUGUUUCUAUUGUCACUUGGGGUUUGGACCUCAAUUGAUAUGGUUUGAUGUAAGUAGUUUUAGGCUGGCGAAGCCAUCUAACUCCGUUCAGCUCAUCCACCAAUUCAAAAAGAAAAAAAAAAACUUUCUGACUGCUGAUGACAGAGGAAAGUGUGUGUUUGGUGGCCGAUCAAACUUUAGGUCGGUGCUAGCUAACGCUAUAUAGCUAAUUGUAUGACAAGAAUGGAAAACAUCCAUUGUAAUAUAUAAAUUUGUAUGAUGUUUAUACAUAAGUACUAGACUUAUAUAUAAAGUUGUUUGUUUAUCUAUUGUUUCGGUUCC